UCUCUCUCUCUAUCUCUCUCUCUCGCUCUCUCUCUCUCUCGCUCUCUCUCUCUCUCUCUGUAUGUCGGGUGUGUCAGGAAGUCAAACUUCAUUCUCUCUCUGAUCCUCAGUCAACAACAAACACGAUGCCUGGCAAGAAAGUUUGUAUCAUCGGCUCAGGAAACUGGGGUUCUGCCAUCGCUAAGAUCAUCGGGCACAAUGUGAAAGCGUCGAACCGCUUCGAUCCGCUGGUGAAGAUGUGGGUCUAUGAGGAGAUGAUUGACGGACGCAAACUCACCGAGAUCAUCAACACCGAACACGAGAACGUCAAAUAUCUGCCCGGACACAAACUGCCCAAAAAUGUGGUGGCUGUUCCUGAUGUCACCGAGGCCGCGAGCGGAGCAGACGUCCUGAUCUUCGUCAUUCCUCAUCAGUUUAUUGGGAAGAUCUGUGACCAGAUGAAACCUCACGUCAAACCUGGAGCCACUGGCAUCUCCCUCAUUAAAGGUAUCGAUGAGGGUCCGGAUGGACUGACCCUGAUCUCUGACAUCAUCAGGUCCAAGCUGGAGAUCGAGGUCAGUGUGCUGAUGGGCGCCAACAUCGCCAGCGAGGUGGCCGAGGAGAAGUUCUGCGAGACCACCAUCGGAGCCACUAAUGAAUCCAACGGCAAGGUCUUCAAAGAGCUUCUGCAGACGCCGAACUUCCGCAUCACUGUGGUGAAGGAGAGCGACACGGUGGAGCUGUGUGGAGCGCUGAAGAACAUCGUGGCGGUGGGUGCAGGUUUCUGUGACGGUCUGGGUUUCGGUGACAACACCAAAGCUGCUGUGAUCCGGCUGGGGCUGAUGGAGAUGGUGGCCUUCUCCAAAAUCUUCUGCAAGAGUGCCGUCAACUCCGCCACCUUCCUGGAGAGCUGCGGCGUGGCCGACCUCAUCACCACCUGCUACGGAGGACGCAACCGCCGCGUGGCCGAGGCCUUCGCCCGCUCGAAGAAGGUCCAACUCAAAUACACUGAUGAUCACAUGACGCUCAGCAUUUCAGAGAUCAGCGUGAUGGGUUUAUUUUAUACUGUGAUGCACGUCAAACAUGUAUUUACCAUCACUGUACAGUUUAAUGUGUGCAUAAUCUGUUAUUAACCUUCAUACUCAUAAGACAUCACCUGUCAAAAUAACCCAGAGCAUUAUGAUUGCACAUCUUCUUUUUUUGUCCAGAUAUCUUAUAUCAUUUAAUUCUAAUAAAAUCUAAACAUUAUUAUUUAUGCAGUUUUUG